CUCUUUGUUGUUGUUUUAUGAGGGCGGAUCAAAAUCAAUGAAAAAUGCUUUUUUGGUUAAUUUUACACUAAAGAGAUGUAAGUUUCAUCACUCAUGACAAGAAUAAUACAAAAUCAACAUAAUUGACUCAAAAUGUGAAGCUGGACCAUUUUAAAGAGAAGAGAUGGGGGCGAGAUUGCUUCGACAUUCCAAAGAUGACGGGCAUUUUGAAAGCGCUAAUGGCUGAAAGACCUGCUUACCUAUGAAGACAAGAUAGAAUAAAUCCAAGAUGGCGUCGCGCGUAGGUGCAGUAUUCAGCGCGGGGGUUUCCCCGAGAUCAUCUAGUCAUAGCAUAAGCAAAUGUUUUAUUUACACCGUCUUCACAGUAUUCUUGCUAGGUUUACCAGCUGCCAAUUCACAGAUAGAAAAACUUUACGUGGACAUCACAGACCUUGAGCUAUUGGUGGACGAGACACAUCUCUUCAAAUUGGUGCAAAUUGGCACAUACAACGAGACUCUCACAGUCUCGGCUCAGAUCCAACAUGGCGACAUCGUCCAAUUCGUCCCCUCGACCGUGGUGCUCGCCGCCGGGGACCCGCCCAGCGCGUCCGCGGAGAUCUCGUACGACAUCUGCGCGUACGGGAAGAGCCCCGGCCAUUCGGAGGUCACGUUUAAUGUCACGCCGGCUGGGUUUGUUAAUAUGGACACUGUAUUCCUACGCAUCACAGUGAUGCACUCUCACGCCAUCAACAUAAUCUCCUACAUAAUGGGCUGGAUCUACUUCGUGGCGUGGUCGGUUUCCUUCUACCCGCAAAUAUACAUCAACUUCAAGAGGAAAAGCGUCGUCGGGCUGAACUUCGACUUCUUGGCGCUCAACAUUAUGGGCUUCACCAUGUAUUCUAUGUUCAACUGCGCUCUCUACUUCUCUAAGGAUAUACAGACGGAGUACUUCGCGCGCCACCCCCGCGGCCUCAACCCGGUCCAACUGAACGACGUGUUCUUCUCUCUACACGCGUGUUUCGCCACCAUCAUCACUAUUGUGCAGUGCUUCCUUUACGAGAAAGCCGACCAGCGCGUCUCCCUUGUCGGUCGCGGCAUCCUCAGCCUAUUCGGGGCGGUCGUCAUAGUCAGUGCGAGCGUGGCCGGGGCAGGCAAGAUGCAGUGGCUCGACUUCUUGAACUACUGCAGUUAUAUCAAGCUGUGCAUCACGCUUAUUAAGUAUAUGCCGCAGGCAUACAUGAACUACCAGCGCAAGUCGACCGUCGGCUGGUCGAUCGGCAACAUCUUCCUGGACUUCAUCGGCGGGUUCCUCUCCAUCCUGCAGAUGAUCCUCAACGCGUACAACUACCACGACUGGAUCUCGUUCUUCGGAGACGCCACCAAGUUUGGACUUGGCCUGUUCAGUCUGAUCUUCGAUGUCUUCUUCAUUCUGCAGCAUUAUGUGUUCUACAGGCAAUCCCACUACAUUCUGCUACCAGGGACUACACAUUCCGAGUCCCCUCAAGAGGCAGCCAUGAUGGAUGAUGAAGAUGACCUGUCAGAGGUCCCUGAUGGCUCUGCACCAACCAGCGAAAUCCCCUACCAAGGAUCCCCAACGUAAAGAAAAUGAGUAUGAAAAUGAUUGACCUGACAUAGGCCAGAAAGAUUGGCCAUCGCAUUUGAAAGAAUAGCCAAAUAUGGUGUUGGUGAUUGAGGGUUGAGUUGGGUGAAAGAGAAGCAAAUAAUGAUGUUUACAAGGUAUUAAAAAGAAGAGAUAUUAGUGAAUUGAAAAAAGUGUAGUGAGAUAUUGUAAAACAAUUAUAGUGGUUAUUAGUUAUUGUGUGACUGAAAAGGUGAUACAAACAUUAAACAAAUAAACUGAUUGGUGAUAUACUUAGUGUGAAGGAGCCUUUAGGAGUUAUAGUAUAAUGAACUUGUAAUUUCAUUUUAAAACAUAAUUUUUUAUCAUUACCUUUGUAACUAUGUACUUUCGGAGAUAAUCAAUAUUGCACGAUAGCUAAUAAGAUCGUAAAAAGUAUAAAUAUCUAAGUACCUACCUUCAUGAAUUAUGCCUUGUUUACGGUAGUGGGUAGGUACUUAAAAAAGUAAUAUUAUAUAUAUGUGGAUAUAUAAUAUUUGUAGAUGUAGAUAGGGCUCGAUGAAUUUAAUUAAAACUUAUGUUAUCCAAAAGUGUCCUUUUUAAAUAACUCCCUAACGAGAUAAACUAUUGUAGGAUUUAGUUUCAGCUUUAGGUAGGUAGGUAGUAUGUAUAAAGAUAAAACUGUUUAUCGAAUAAAUUACAUUAUAUUUAACUAGUACAUAAUAGCUAUAAUAAUUUAGUAGGUAACUAUUGAAAAAUAUUGAAUUGUAAAUUUACUGCAGCCGUUCAUAAUAUGGAAACAUUAUAACUUGUCCAAUCUAUAAUAUAUAGCUAGCUUGUGUUAUAAUUAUACUAUACACAAAAUAGCGCAAUUACUUUAUCUGAAGCAAUAAAUGUUAACAUAAAUUCGCAAUAAAUAUAAAUUUAUAGUUAAAUAAAAUGAUUUAUUUUUA